UUUUCCCCCUUUCGUAUGUCAUUUCCCGCCUCCCGAUUUUCCCUAUUUUCCCUCUUCUUUUUUCUUUCCUGCUGCGAGAAAACCCUAACCCUAGCUACGGUUUUCAGGAAUUAAAAAUGGUGCCGAAACAAAAGGGCAGCAUCGAUCUCCCUACAGAAGGUAGGAAGCGAAGGCGAGGAUUCGCAGCUAUCGAUGUUGGAAUCGAGGCGAAUGAAUGCAUAAAGAUAUAUCUCGUAAAUAGUGUGGAUGAAGUGGAUACUGCAGACAGCUUUUGUUUUGAGCCAGUUGAUCUGAAUCGUUUUUUUGGUGAAGAUGGAAGAAUAUAUGGCUAUAAAGAUUUAAAGAUCGACAUUUGGUUGAAUGGCAUAUCAUUUCAUGCAUAUGCUGAUAUUUCAUUCCAGAGCACAUUCAAUGGAUCGAAAGGGACCACAGAUCUGGACCCUGCCCUUAAGAAAAUAUUCGGUGAAUCCCUGGUUGAGAAAAAAGAGGAAUUCCUUCAAACUUUCACCACAGACAGACAUUAUAUUAGUACCAUUAUUUCACAUGGAGAGGUUGUGCAUUGUGAAGCCUCCAAGGGACGUGAUAACACUACACAGAACCUCGUCAUUCGCAUGGGUCUGCGCAGCAUGCCUGUUGGAGAGCUCUAUAGUCGUCUGGUACCUCUUGUGUUUCUUAAUGUGGAAGGUGGUAGUGCUAUAGAUGUAACGGAUCCGAGAUGGGAUAUUUAUCUAGUUGUUGAGAGAAAAGCUGGUCAGUCAGGGACUAUUGAUUCUAAGUUGCUUGGUUUUGCCUCUAUCUAUCGCUUUUUCCACUACCCUGACAGUACGCGUUUACGAAUCAGCCAGAUACUCGUCUUGCCUCCUUACCAGGGCCAAGGAUAUGGCCGUUUGCUUCUCGAGACUCUCAAUUCCAUGGCAAUAUAUGAAAACGUGUAUGAUGUGACUGCUGAGGAGCCCUCUGAUUACCUCCAACAUGUCCGAGGCUGCAUCGACACACUUCGCCUGCUUGCUUUCGAGCCAAUCAAGCCGGCAAUUACAUCAGUCACUUCUCAACUGAAACAAAGCAACUUCUCAAAGAAAACUAGCAAGUUCCACUCAGACCCACCUGCAAAUGUGGUUGAGGGGGUCAGGAAACUCUUCAAAAUCAACAAGAAGCAGUUCCUUCGUUGUUGGGAGGUUCUUAUCUAUCUGAGCCUCGAUACCAAGGACCGCCUGUGCAUGGAGAACUUCCGGGCCUGCAUCUUUGAUCGAGUGAAGGCGUAUGUCUUAGGGAAAGAUGUUGGGAGUGCUGGGAAGAAUCUGACCGAUGUUCCGAAUGACUAUGAGCAUGACAUGACAUUCGUCAUGUUCCGAUCGCGGGCUGCUGGAGGCGCUCUGGAUGCUGAGGUUGAUGGGAACCAAAAGGUUAAGGAAGAACAGUUGGGUCAGGUAGUCAAUGAGCGGAUGGAAGAGAUCGUGGAGAUUGCAAAAAAGGUGUCAUUGCAUUGUAGGUCUUAGGUAAGUGUCGUACCAUAUUGAUCUUGAAAUGUGGAUUGCCGGAAUCUGACAUCGUUUAUGUUGAAUGAGCAAUUGGGCUGCUGUAUUUUCAACUUGUCCACCUGAAAAAAAGCAGUCCUUGAAAUGUUCCUUCUAUGCCAUGAAGCUUCUUUUUGUAUAUCUUUUGCUACAUCUGGAUAUGUAGCGAGGAUAGGCUUGCACCAUGUAUGUUGAUCCAUCCUAAGCUAUCAUUUGGGGGUCGUUUGGAUAUGAGGAAUUUAAAAUAGCUUAGAAGAAUUUGUUUCCAGGAAACAAAGCCCCUGAGAAGAGUUUAUGUUUGUCACAUUUGGGUACUUGGAAUAUAGUUGUUUGAAAACCGGAGAAUGUGUUUAGGUCA